GUUACCACCCACUUCAAAGAUGGAGGACGAUAUCUCAGAUUUGAGCAGACCACAAAUGUACUUGUUUGGUUGUACCCUCAAAUCGGACAAACGGGAGUUCAAAGUUGACGUAGACGACGAUGAUACGGAGCAGCAGCUGUCACUCAAAGCAGUGUGUCUGGGAGCCGAGGCGGAGGAUAAGUUCCACAUGGUGGAAGUGGAAGGCCUCACUUAUGAUGGAAAAUCGACCAAAGUGCCGCUGGUUGUCCUGAAACCGUCCGUCCUGCCCUCUAUGAGUUUAGGUGGAUUUGAGAUCACACCCCCUGUUACGUUCCGUCUGCAGUCUGGCUCUGGACCGGUUCACAUCAGCGGGCAGCAUUUUGUUAGUGUGAAGGAUUCAGAGGAUGAGGAAGAGGAGAACAACACAUCACCGGUGAAACGGCCUGCAGGCCUGAUGUCUGGGAAAAGGCCCCCAUUGAAAAAACUGAAGAUGGAGUCCGAUGACGAUGAAGAUGACAGUGACGAGGAUGAUGACGAUGAUGAUGAAGAUGAGGACAGUGAUGAAAAUGAUGUGAAGCCUCCGAAGAAUGUUGGGAAAGAGGUCAAAAAGGGCCCAGAGUUUUCAGCAAAGAAGCCCAACAAGACUCCAGUGAAGCAAAACGGCCCCGCAGGAAAACCAUCAGGAUCAGCAGUCAAACCACAGAUUAAGACACCUGCCCCAGGAAAAGACAAACCCCAGGCUGGCCCGUCUAAAUCUCCCUCUCUGACUGAGAUUAAGAGCAAGUUGUCAACGGCAGCCAAGGAGGGAAAACCACUACCGAAGACGGAGCAGAAGUUUGAGAAUUUCGUGAAGAGUUCUUUUAAAAUCUCAGACAAAAAAGUGGUCAAGGACCUUUGGAGUUUUGUACAAACACUGAAGAUUGAGAAGAAGUAACAAACCUUGUAUGCUUUGAAGCAUUUGUAUGUUUUGCAUCAUGAAAGACAUUUAAAGGCACAGUCAGCGAGAUUUCCUACUUGGCCUUAUUAUGUCAUCAUUGCUAAUGACUCGUAGUGAACAGAAGGACUGAGUGCAGAAAAAAAGGUAAAGCCAUUAAUGAUUCAGGUGUCAUCAUUUUUUAGAUGCAGAGCACCUCCUGGAACUCGCUUAUUUACUUUUAGUAGAUAAGCUGUCCACUUCACUGCAUGCCAAUCUGCACCACCUACAGGGAAGGAAAGUAAUAGCACUACCAAUUAGGACAUGCAGAUGUCUUUGUUGCUUUUCUGCAGGAAAGAAAUAGCUGGUGGAGUUUUAACACUUGCGCCACCUGCAGGCAAUAAAUGUUGCACCUGUGGAUUUUUAUAGCUGCAAUAAAAUAACAGAUAUGUAAAUUGGCAACAACAUAAUCCAAGUAUUCAGAGCCAAAGACAAGACAGACAGAACCUAGUCAAGUUAGUCAUUGCUAAUAUUUUUAUAUAGUCCCUCUGUCCUACUCCUUUUUUUUUUUUUUUUUUUUUUGUUAUUACCACAAGAAGUUGCCAAAGACCGAAAAUUUAAAUCUUACUCACGAGGUUAAAUAUAAAUCCUUGAACAGCAUCUAUAAAAGUGAAAGCAACUGCAGGUGGUGCAACUGUCAAAUUACAGAAGCAGUUCCUUUCCUUGCCUGAAGGUGAGAUCGCCCUACAUCUUAAUUUCUUCAUGUAUAGUCAACGCAAUUUUGUUUUAUUGGCCGAGCCUGGUUCCAGGUGCUUCUCAUCCAUGGCACUGUGUGUCCUCCUUACGUCAACAAUGCAAUAGGAAAUAUUGCAGAAUGUGCCUUUAAAUAUCUCUACUGUUAUCUGAGAUAAAUCAGAGUCUCAUUUUGUGUGAAUUUGAGCAGUAUAAACAAGGAUGGCAAAGACGAGUGAAACGGGGACAAUGACAAUAUAUUUUUCCUCCGAAGUGUUUUGUUAUUUUAUGUUCUGUCUGGCUUUAUGAAGCAUUUUAAGCUUACGAACAUGCUUAUAGAUUGACUUUGUCCGGCAUAAUUGCUCUAUACAUAUUGUACAGGAAUUUGUUAGAGUGAGUCGAGAUAACCGUUUUUUUAAUUGUGUCAUUCAGUUUGGUCAUAGUAACUCCUGCAGCAGAGCCUGCACCAACUUUAUUUUUCUUAAAAACUUGGUCAACAACACCAAGAGAGAAAGAUUCAACUGUUUAUGAAACAUUUCACUUAAGAAAAAUAAUGCAAUUAAGAAACAGUGAGAUCCAUACAUGUUCACAGAUGUGUGCAGUUGUAACCUUGCUACCGUCAGUCUGUUGAGUAAAUAUGUAAUGUUUCAUCCCGUCUUUUUUACCAGGAACACCUCAGACAUUCCUGGAUGAGAGCAGUGUCAUUCUUAGAGGCCAUAUCCACAAAAGUGUUUUUUUCCUGAGGCCAGAUUAUUAGUAAAAUCUUUGCAUUGGGAGUGCUGCGUAUUUAUGCUAUGCUACAAACACCAGCAGUGUGACGAGGCGCUAAGCGUCUAUUCUGCGCUGAGUGCUGCCUGGUAUGAGUGCAGAGUCAAAAAAAUUUCAACUUUGGGUAGAAUGCUGUGCUCAUUACUUUACCCAGCCAUUCAGUCACAUUGGAGGAGGGACAAAUACCAGGAAAACCAACUGUCACAUCUUUCAUGUAGCCUACGUUUGCUAACAUUCAUUCAUCCAUUCAUUUUCUGUAACUGCUUAUCCUGUUAUGGGUCGCGAUGACAUUGGGCGAGAGGUCGCAGGGCUAACACUUAAUAACAGACAACCAUUCACGCUCACAUUCUCCCAACAACUAACAAGAGAGGAGAAAUAUGUCAAUAUACUCUGUACAUAUAUACAUAUACAUAUAUAUAUAUAUAUAU